CGCUCUGAGGCAAUAAGAACACUUGAGGGGGCGAGGCCUCCUGGGCUUCAAGGCGGAAACUUUGGACUUUGGAUCGUUCAGGUCGAACAGAUUAUCCUUCGGAACCCUGCAGGCUUUACAGAAUCGGGGUGACAUGUCGAGGGUGGUGAACUGUCCCUAUUCCAGUGAUGCUCAGGUAGUGGAGCUGGUGAAGCGUGUUUAUGGCCUUGUCCCAUCUAAAGUCAACUCCUUGCCCAGCUAUUUGGAUCAGAAUUUCCACCUGGAGAUUGCUGGCCUAGGAGACUUUGUGCUGAAGAUCAUUAACUAUUUGGAGGGUCGUAAUCCAGAGGUGCUUGAAGGCAUGCUGAGUGCCAUGAUGAAGCUAAAUGAGACAGGGCUGCCCAUUCCAGUCCCCCAGAACUCCUUGGAUGGGAAGCGUGUCUCUGUGGAGUCCAUUGAGUACAGCUCUAACUCUCAUCAGCACAUGGUGGUAAUGCUCACAUACCUGCAAGGAACACCCAUUGCAAAGACCAAGUCUAGCCCUCAGCUCUUGUAUGAAAUUGGAAGGAUGGCAGCAAGAGUGGACAGUGUCCUGACAGAGCUGGACAGCUCUUGCGUGAAGGCCCUGCACCGUAAUAAUUUCAUUUGGAACCUCACCAAUGUCCCACUGCUGGAGCAAUACCUGUGUCACAUCAAGGACAACACAUUGAGGGAGGUGGUGGCCGCUGUUAUCCAGCAGUUUAAGGAGAAGAUAGAGCCUAAUUUGCCAGAUUUUCGUAAAUGUGUCAAUCAUGGGGACCUGAACGACCACAACAUCUUGGUGAUGCCGGAGGAGGAUGGUUUAGAUAAGCCUGUGUACAAAAUCUCAGGGAUCCUGGACUUUGGUGACAUGAGCUAUGGUUUCUAUGUGUUUGAGGUUGCCAUAGUAAUCAUGUACAUGAUGAUUGAGAGUCCAGAGCCCCUAAAUGUUGGAAGUCCUGUUCUUGCAGGCUAUGAGAGUAUGAUACCACUGAAUGCUGCUGAGAGGGAUGCCUUGUACCUUCUGGUUCUCUGCCGCUUCUGUCAGUCCUUAGUGAUGGCCAACUACAAUGUGGUUCUACAUCCAGAAAAUGAGGAGUAUCUGAUGAUUACUGCUCGCAUGGGCUGGAGACUCCUGUUGCAACUUUGGAAAAUGGGAAAGGAGGCUGUAGAGGAGUUGUGGUUUCGGCCACAUAAGGCAGACAUCUGAAUGUACAGCCUUCCAAAAUACCUGAAACACAUCUGAAUCUCUUGCUCCCAAUGUUAGCUAAUGGCUGUCUUUCCUGGUAAUUCCAAAUAAAAUAAGGAAUUAUUUUUAAAA